CGGAAGGGCGACGAGAGGCUGCGGCUCGCACCUCGCAGCGUCUCAGACGGUGCUGCCGAGGAAGCAGCAGCGCUGCCGCUCUGUCGGGCAUCCUCAUGUAGCUGCGGCGACUGCAUUCUUGCAGUGAAUCGGGCGUGUGCAGUCAUUGAAAGAGGUGCUGCCCAAAAAGAGUGAACAAGAGCUAAAGGAUGAAGAAAUGGAAUUGUUCACAAAAUAUUACAUGGAAUGGAAAGGAGGGAAAAAAAGUGACAAUAUAUCAUAUGUAAACAUACCACGAUUUUACUAUAGGCUGCCAGCUGAAGAUGAAAUCUUGCUUCAGAAAUUAAGAGAAGAAUCUAGAGCUGUCUUUCUGCAAAGAAAAAGUAGAGAACUGUUGGAUAAUGAAGAGCUGCAGAAUCUGUGGUUUCUACUGGACAAACAUCAGACAUCACCAGUGAUUGGGGAAGAAGCAAUGAUUAAUUAUGAGAACUUCUUGAAAGUUGGUGAAAAGGCUGGACCAAAAUGCAAGCAAUUCUUUACAGCAAAGAUCUUUGCUAAAUUGCUCCAUAAUGAUCCUUAUGGGAGGAUAUCUAUCAUGCAGUUUUUCAAUUACGUCAUGCGAAAAGUAUGGCUUCAUCAGACAAGAAUAGGUCUCAGUUUAUAUGAUGUGGCAGGACAAGGCUACCUCAGAGAAUCAGAUUUAGAAAACUAUAUUUUGGAACUUAUCCCUACUUUGCCACAACUGGAUGGCUUAGAAAAAUCUUUUUACUCCUUCUAUGUCUGCACAGCAGUUAGAAAGUUCUUUUUCUUUCUGGAUCCUCUCAGAACAGGGAAGAUAAAGAUACAGGAUAUUUUAGCUUGCAGCUUCCUGGAUGAUUUACUGGAGUUAAGGGAUGAAGAACUUUCUAAAGAAAGUCAGGAAACAAAUUGGUUUUCUGCUCCUUCUGCAUUAAGAGUUUAUGGUCAGUACUUAAACCUUGAUAAAGAUCACAAUGGCAUGCUCAGCAAAGAAGAGCUGUCCCGAUAUGGAACAGGGACGCUGACCAACAUAUUUUUGGAUCGUGUCUUUCAGGAAUGUUUAACUUACGAUGGUGAAAUGGACUAUAAAACCUACCUGGACUUUGUGCUUGCAUUAGAAAACAGAAAGGAGCCUGCAGCUCUGCAAUAUAUUUUCAAACUGCUUGAUAUAGAGAACAAAGGACACCUGAAUGUCUUUUCCCUUAAUUAUUUCUUUAGGGCUAUUCAGGAACAAAUGAAAAUCCAUGGACAAGAACCAGUUUCUUUUCAGGAUGUCAAGGAUGAAAUCUUUGAUAUGGUGAAGCCUAAGGACCCUUACAAAAUCUCCCUUCAAGACUUGAUCAAUAGCAGUCAAGGAGACACUGUUACCAGCAUUCUAAUUGAUCUGAAUGGGUUCUGGACAUACGAGAACAGAGAGGUCCUUGUGGCAAGCGAUAAUGACAACACUGCUGAUGUUGAUGAUACGUGACUUCGAAUGGGAGCAGACUGUAUGCACAGAGAUCUCAAUCUGAUGGGCCAGCUGUUGGAAGCUGGACACUUUCAUUAUCUGAAUCAAUUCCUCUUCCAUUUUACUUCUCUCCCUUCCUCCUUUGCCCCCACAUGUGAUAUAAAACACAUACACGAAUCACAGAACUAAUUUCUGACACCAAAAAAGCAAGUGUUGUUUAAGAGGCAAAAAUUACCUUUUUUUUAAUAAAUAUUUUUGGAGUUUU